GUCGUUAUCUUGACGUUGUUACAUGCUUGCUACGAAACAUACAUUUAUUUAACAAAGUUUGUAUUUGUUCCUGACGAAAAAGAAUGUCAAUAUGUCAUUUUUAAGCAGACUUGCUGUUAAAUCAUCAGGCUUCAGCUGUAUUCGUCGAAUGUCGGUGUAUCCUCAACAUUACGCUGAACCGGUUGUACAAAAAAAUAAACAGAUUGAGCAAAAAAGCGAAUUGGCAAAGCUUCAUCAUGUUCCAAUCAAGGCGGCCGUCAACAAGGCUUCAGAUACCGUCUUCCAUGACGAUACCAAGGAGAAGAUGGUGAAUUAUAUAACGAAAAAAGGAAAUAGUGCUUUGGCCAGAUCGCUUCUGUCAAAGACGAUGGAACUUAUCAAACGCACCCAAACGGAGCACAUGAAUCUGGCCAAGGGCGACGACAAGGAUAAGAUCAACACCAAUGCUGAAACGCUGCUGAAGCAAGCAGUCGAAAAUUGCCGACCGUUGCUCCAAGUGACUGCCAUUAAACGAGGUGGAGUGAACUACCAAGUGCCUGUGCCCAUAACGACAAAACGGUCGUAUUUCCUGGCCAUGAAAUGGCUCUUGGAAGCGGCCCGCGAAAAGGAGCGUAAAGUCUCCCUACCGGAGAAGCUGGCCUGGGAGAUACUGGACGCUGCCCAUGGACAGGGGAGGGUAGUAAAGCGAAAAGACGACUUGCACAGGCAAUGUGAAAGCAACCGCGCCUACGCACACUACCGAUGGAGCUAAAUAUAACUUAUAUCGUUCCCGUCCUCCUUUUCUUACAAUAAAGUUUAAUUUGUUGUUCAUUUUCCAUUAA